AGUACGUUUCCCUCAAGAAUAAGACUCUUGACAAACAAGCACAUCAUGGUUGCGGUGAAGUUGUCGGAUCUGUGCCUCUCCAGUUUAGAUGCAGUCUUCUGAUGAGCAUAAUGUGCACAAAGUGGAGCUGAGAGGGGAUAGAAGUUCAGAAUCCAGCAUACAGACAUCUACAGUAGCUUCUCAUCAUGGAGGAGACGCCAGUCACACACCAACCAGAACAGUCAGUCACCACGAAAGACUCGGCAUCAGUGUUUCAGGAGGAGGAGAAGGAGGAAGAGCAAGACGAAGAGGAAGUGGGGGGCUUCACCACAGGAAGUGAGGACAACUUGAGGUCAAGCAAAGUUCCCGCACUGACAGAUCCAAUACUCACGCAGCCUGGCCUCGGCGUCACCACGACAACUGUCACCACCAUCACACAGACGGGUGGAGGCUGGAGCACUGGCCUGUUUAACGUCUGUGCAGACAAGACGACAUGUCUUCUCGGGGCUGUGGUGCCGUGCUGUCUGGACCUGAGUUUAGCACACCAGUACGGCGAGUGUCUGUGCAUGCCUCUGCUACCCGGAUCCACUUUUGCCAUACGAGUUGGGAUCAGGGAGCGGUACAAGAUACGGGGCAGUGUGUGUGAGGAUUGGACCACAGUCUACUGCUGUUACCCUCUGGCUGUGUGUCAGAUGAUAAGAGAGAUGAAGCGGAGGAUGAAGACACAGACGUAUCAUGUGUCCACUGCCCUCGAAUGCUCCUGAAGAAACUCUAGACAGUAAAUGAGGCCUGUCCUUUUUACAAUGAAACUGAGAGUGGUGGAGAUUUCUGGUAUGAACAACACAAAGAAUCAAUACUAUAAGGUUUGAACUUACUUUUAAAUACCCCCGAGGAUGCUUUGGCCAAUAAAUCAAGUCUAUCCUCCAACAUUCAAAGAAGACUGGAAAGGACAAACUUUGAUGAAUAGCAUAAACAGCAAAAAUAAUCCGAGCUGUAAGGUCUAAACCAGUGUGUGAGGCUUAAAAAAAAAAACACCUUAGAAGUUGUUAGAUUCAAACUGACACCUAUUUUAAACUGCUGUUUCGAGAGGAUAUUAUGAAUAAACUUCUCUGCCUCUUUUGCGGAGGUUAGAAUUCAUUAACUGACAUUUUGAAUUGGGUGAAAAGCAGGUGGCAGGACGCAUGCUACUUUGCUUAGCUGUCACUGUUAGCAAACAGUGCUCAACAACUCUUAAUCAGAAACAUUUAAAAGUUCCCUUACUUCUGAUUCCAGCUACUGAAACUGCUACUUAAUAGUAUUUUUUGGUCAUUUUUAUCAAGACACAACCAUAUAUCAAAAUCAUUAAACAUAUUUAUUCUAUAUUAUUCUAAUUUAUAAAAGGUCAGUUCACCCAAAUCCUAAAAAAAACAUGUUGCCAAUGGUAAGCAGACGUUUGGUUACAUUUGGUUACGGCCUCAGAAACACCUCCAAUACAUUCAAGGUCAAUGGGAUUUUAUUUGUGCUGCUCAAAACAAUGAAUUUAAAGAACACCCCAAACAAACAAAUGAAUGUCUCUUGUGGCCUGGAUAUUCAAUGCAGCUCGCUAACACUGGUUCAUAGAAACUAUUUAUUCAACAGAAAAUGGUACAAACAAAGUGAGAAAAGUGAUUUGGUUGAACCAACCCUUUCAUUUUGUCUGGCAUGCCAAAGGGCACCAGACACAUUAUCGUAUUCAGUCCCUCUCAGACAUAAAGGGAAGAUGGAGUGAGGAAACAUGAAGCUUUCUAGACUAGGAGGUACUAAAUGAGAAACAGGGACAUAACUCAACUUAAUCCUAGCGAAGCCAAGAGAAAAGCAGAAAUGCUCAGUUCAGUCUGAUUAAAUCAGUUUGUUUCUUAAUUAAGCAUCAAUGUUUAUCAGAGCUGUUUCAUUUAUUCCAUACUGUGGGACGAAACAAGUGUGCAAGUCAAUUCAGUAUGCAGAACCACUUUGUCUGAUUACCCAGCAAUCCGCCCACAGUGCAGCUCCGAUCACACUCAACAGUUCAAGUACAGUCUUACAGUCUCUAAUAAAGCCUAUUUCCAUAUUUCUGAUAGUCUUUUAUCCUUCUGUUACUUGAUUCACCUCAGGCAUUCAAUCAUAUUAUUAAACCGGUCCUGAUUUCUGUGUGUUCCCUGAACCCGAAAUGCCAACCAGCAAAGAACGGAUAUGGAAAAUGUUAUUCAUACACAAAACAGAUGGGUCCUCAAAGGGCAAAUAUGUAAUUUGUUAACUCUUACGAAUGUGGUCCCCCACCUGGGAGCUGCUUCAAAUCAAAAUGGGUUUGGUGCCAAGAAGGAGAAAGCUAUGAAUUAGAAUUUUAAUGAUAUUUUACAGACACUGAAUAUUUCAAGGAGUUAAUCUGCUGAAUGAAAAUAAAGAUUUUUAAAUUGUGGCA